GCCAGCAUUCCCUGCUCGCAUACAACCACUCCCUCUCUUCCCUACCCCUAUUCAACCUCCACGAAACAGCAACGACCGUCAUGUCUUACCAGGUUCAGAUUAUCGCGACGACCGCGUUCACGGACCAGAAGCCUGGUACGUCGGGGUUGAGGAAGCGGGUCAAGAUUUUCCAGGGACAGCACUACACCGAGAACUUCGUCCAAGCUAUCCUCGAUGCGAUGCCCGAUGGUGGUAAGGGUAAGACCCUCGUCAUCGGCGGCGAUGGUCGGUAUUGGGCACGCGAGACCGUCCAAACCAUCUUCCAGAUCGGUGCCGCUGCCGGUGUCAAGAAGUUCAUCGUCGGUCAGGAUUCAAUCCUUUCGACUCCCGCAGCUUCCAACAUCAUCCGGAAGUACAAGACGGACGGUGGUAUUCUCCUGACCGCGUCCCAUAAUCCUGGUGGACCCAACGCCGAUUUCGGUAUCAAAUUCAACACCGCCAACGGGGGACCGGCACCUGAGGCUGUCACGAACAAGAUCUUUGAAAUUACCAAGACUCUGAAGAGUUACAAGGUGGUGGAUGCUGGCACUCUUGAUAUCACCAAGAUAGGAUCUUUCAAAUAUGGUCCGGUCGAAGUGGAUAUCAUCGAUUCUGUGAAGGAUUAUGUUGAGCUCAUGGAGGGCAUCUUUGAUUUCCCCCUUAUCUCCAAAUUCGUCUCAUCGACUCCCGAAUUUACCGUUCUGUUCGAUGCUCUGCACGGAGUUACUGGCCCAUACGGCCGCGCCAUUUUCGUCGAUACGCUCAAGCUCUCGGAGAAUGUCCUGCAGAACUGUGUUCCUCUCCCGGACUUCGGUGGCGGACAUCCUGACCCCAACUUGACGUACGCCCAUAACCUCGUUGCCGCCGUCGAGAAGAAUAAGAUUGUAUUCGGUGCCGCAUCUGAUGGCGAUGGUGACCGCAACAUGAUCUAUGGCGCUGGCGCUUUCGUCACUCCCUCUGAUAGUGUCGCCGUCAUUGCCGACUGGGCGGACUCCAUUCCCUACUUCAAGAAAGGUGGUGUGCAUGGUGUCGCCCGUUCGAUGCCGACCUCAAAGGCUAUCGAUGCCGUCGGCAAGGCCCACGGAUGGGAAUUCUUCGAAGUUCCCACCGGUUGGAAGUUCUUCGGUAACCUGAUGGAUGCUGGCCGUCUGUCCAUCUGCGGUGAAGAGUCUUUCGGCACCGGUUCGGAUCACGUUCGGGAGAAGGAUGGCGUUUGGGCCAUCGUUGCCUGGUUGAAUAUCCUCGCGGCUGCCAACGAAGGUCAGAAAAAGCUGGUGACGAUCAACGAUAUCCUCGCGGCUCACUACAAGAAGUACGGACGCAACUUCUUCAGCCGUUAUGACUAUGAAGAGGUGUCUUCUGAAGGCGCCAACGCGUUGAUCGCCAACCUUGACUCUCUGUUCGCCUCUUCUGACUUCAAGGGGUCAAAGUACACCAGCACCGGACAGACCUUCGAGGUGUCCGAUACCGUCAACUUCACCUACACUGAUCCUGUCGAUGCCUCCGUAUCGAAGAACCAAGGUCAUAUCAUUUCCUUCUCCGACGGGUCUCGUGUUGUCUUCCGCCUGUCCGGGACUGGCAGUCACGGUGCCACUGUACGCAUGUACAUCGAGAAGUACUCGAAGAACGAGGCCGAAUACGGUAAUUCGGCCGCAGACGGCCUGAAGCCUCUUAUCGACGUUGCGUUGGAGAUCACGCAGCUGCAGAAGUUCCUGGGCAGGGACGAGCCUACCGUUAUCACCUAAUCGAUCUUAAGAUAAUGACUGCAACGAGCCAAAGAAUAAGUUUCAUACAAUGUACAAAAAGUAGCUCCAUGAUUGCGGAAAAUCAAAGAUGUCAAAUUGUC